AUGUGGUUGUCGAUUGAAGUGAGAAGAGGGAAAAAGGUUUUACCAUUAGACUGGAAGGGAGAAGGGAGUGUUUGGGGUGGUUAUGCCGAAAAAUAUGGGUGCUCCAUUGCUGCACCAAACCAUAGGCACCUCUCAUUUUUUUGUCGACAGGGUAGCAGAUCUUCACUCCUCCCCAAGUUUUUACCUUACUGUUUAGAUCUCCUCACCGACUCACCGUCUUGUCUUGCCUCCUUCCUCAUUGUCUCGCCGUUUACCUCCAACUUACCGCCGUUCGCCUGUACUUUUCACUCCGUCAUCCUUUUAAGUCUCAUCGCCGUUUCUUGUCUUCUAUUCUCGUCUACUCAGGUCUCGUUGUCGUUCUCUAGCAGCAAAUUAAGUGUGGGAUUCAAAAGCUUUUUAACAAAAGGAAGAGGUAAAGACUAA